GGCUCGCCGGCUUAAUCCGGCCCCGCUGUGUUGUCAUUAGGCGGCGGCUAGAGGACACGGUCAAGAUGGCGGCGGUGUCUGGGCUGUUGCGGAGGCCCCUUCAGCAGGUGUCCGGGCUGCUGAAGAGGCACUUUCACCGGACGGCGCCGGCGGCGCUGCAGGUGACAGUUCGUGAUGCUAUCAAUCAAGGUAUGGAUGAGGAGCUGGAAAGAGAUGAGAGGGUGUUUCUGCUCGGGGAAGAAGUUGCCCAGUAUGAUGGGGCAUACAAGGUUAGUCGGGGCCUGUGGAAGAAGUAUGGCGACAAGAGGAUCAUAGACACGCCUAUAUCUGAGAUGGGCUUUGCUGGAAUUGCUGUGGGUGCAGCUAUGGCGGGGUUGCGGCCCAUUUGUGAAUUUAUGACCUUCAAUUUCUCUAUGCAAGCCAUCGACCAGGUUAUAAACUCAGCCGCCAAGACCUACUACAUGUCAGCAGGCUUUCAGUCUGUGCCCAUAGUCUUCAGGGGACCCAAUGGUGCCUCAGCAGGUGUAGCUGCCCAGCACUCACAGUGCUUUGCUGCGUGGUACGGGCACUGCCCGGGCUUAAAGGUGGUCAGCCCCUGGAAUUCAGAGGAUGCGAAAGGACUUAUAAAGUCAGCUAUUCGGGACAACAACCCAGUGGUGGUACUGGAGAAUGAAUUGAUGUAUGGAGUUCCUUUUGAAUUUCCUGAGGAAGCUCAAUCAAAAGACUUUCUGAUUCCUAUUGGGAAAGCCAAAGUAGAAAGACAAGGGACCCAUAUCACGGUGGUUGCCCAUUCAAGACCCGUGGGCCACUGCCUAGAAGCCGCAACGGUGCUUUCUAAAGAGGGAAUUGAGUGUGAGGUAAUAAAUCUGCGUACCAUUAGACCAAUGGACAUUGAAACCAUAGAAGCCAGUGUCAUGAAGACAAAUCAUCUGGUGACCGUAGAAGGAGGCUGGCCACAGUUCGGAGUAGGAGCUGAAAUUUGCGCCAGGAUCAUGGAAGGCCCUGCUUUCAAUUUCCUGGAUGCGCCUGCUGUUCGUGUCACUGGUGCCGAUGUCCCUAUGCCUUAUGCAAAGAUUCUAGAAGACAACUCAGUACCUCAGGUCAAAGACAUCAUAUUUGCAAUAAAGAAAACAUUAAAUGUCUAAUUUUAGGACCUGAACAUCAAGGCAUUGAAAUUUAUUUAAAAUACUUGUACUGCAAGACCUCACUAUUUGUGAAAUAAUCUCUACAGCAGCAACAUGUGUUUUUGUACUGGGAAGAAGUUUUAAUGUCUGUGUGUGGAAAAUCCUCCCUCUUGCCCCAGACUCUUGCUUGCUUCCGUCUGUUACAGUUACCUUAUUCUUUGAAGAUAUAUUUUGCCCAUUCUCACCAG